AUGCUUCAGUGGAGAAGACGACACUGCUGCUUUGGAAAGAUGACCUGGAAUACCAAAAGGUCUCUGUUUCGCACCCAUCUCAUUGGCCUGAUCUCACUGGUGUUUCUUUUUGCUGUGUUUCUCUUCUUUAACCAUCACGACUGGCUGCCAGGCAGGGUUGGAUUCAAAGAAAAUCCCAUGGCUUACACUAUACGAGGAUUUAGAUCUACAAAAAGUGAGGCAAACCACAGCUCUCUAAGGAACGUGUGGAAGGAUGCCGUACCUCAGACACUCAGGCCUCAAACAGUCACCAACUCCAACAACACGGAUCUGUCACUGCAAGGAGUAACUGGUUUGGAAAAUACCCUCAGUGCAAAUGGAAGUAUUUACAAUGAGAAAGGUACUGGGCAUUCGACUUUGUAUCAUUUCAAAUACAUCAUCAACGAGCCUGAGAAGUGCCAGGAGAAGACCCCUUUUCUAAUACUGCUCAUAGCAGCAGAGCCAGGCCAGGUGGAAGCUAGACAAGCUAUUCGACAGACCUGGGGCAACGAAAGCCUGACACCUGGCAUCCAAAUUGUUCGUAUUUUUUUGCUGGGAUUAAGCACCAAGACAAAUGGAUAUCUCCAGCGUACCAUACUAGAGGAAAGUAGACAAUACCACGACAUCAUUCAACAAGAAUACUUAGACACCUAUUAUAAUUUAACCAUUAAAACUCUCAUGGGAAUGAACUGGGUUGCAUCUUACUGUCCACAUGUUCCUUAUGUUAUGAAAACUGACAGUGAUAUGUUUGUCAAUACUGAAUAUUUAAUACACAAGCUUCUGAAACCAGAACUUCCUCCGAGGCGCAAAUAUUUUACAGGUUAUUUAAUGAGAGGUUAUGCACCUAAUAGGAACAAGGAUAGUAAGUGGUAUAUGCCACCUGAUUUGUAUCCAAGUGAACGUUAUCCUGUAUUUUGUUCUGGAACUGGUUACGUUUUUUCUGGUGACUUAGCAGAAAAAAUCUUUAAAGUCUCUUUAAGCAUCAGACGUUUGCAUUUAGAGGACGUAUAUGUGGGGAUUUGUCUCGCCAAGCUGCGAAUUGACCCUAUGCCUCCACCCAACGAGUUUGUCUUCAAUCACUGGCGAGUUUCUUACUCCAGCUGUAAAUAUAGUCACCUAAUUACCUCCCAUCAGUUCCAACCUAGUGAACUGAUCAAAUACUGGAACCACUUACAACAGAAUAAGCACAAUGCCUGUGCCAACGCAGCGAAAGAAAAAGCAGGCAGGUAUCGCCACCGUAAGCUGCACUAG